CAUGUAAAUCUCUCUCAGACAAGGUGACUUCUAAAAUCCCCUAUGGGAGAAAUUAUUGGAACCAUUUCCUUGUUUGACCGCUAGGUUUUAUGGGUAUUAUGACUCAUACUGUGGUACUCUAUGAAAAUACAAGGGCAAUUGCCUCUUAUUGUUGACCCAUUUGUGAGUGAUAUGUGCUGAUAAAAAAAAAACAUUGAAGCUCUGUUUUCUUAUUUUUUAUCCUUGUCUGUUUUCAACCUGUCUGAUGCCAUUAUCUGGCUGUGGAUAGAACAUGGCUUUCUUGAUGCUGUUUUUAAUGAUGUAAUGGAAGCAUACCUUCUCUUUUCAACUGUUUGUUUUUAGUUUAAUUAUAUUAAUAUGCAGCAAUAUGCAGCCUUGUGUACCCUAGUUAGUACACAAUAAUGCAUCAUCACAAACAUUUGAUUGAAAUAAAUGUACACAGUCGGCUAUACUGUUGCACAUCUUUGUCUAUAAAAAACAGUCUUCCAUUGCAAUACGGCAGUUCACAAUUUCCCUAGUUUUCUACAAGGUCAUCCAGGCAAGGAGUACAACCAUAAGAGCAUUAGGUAAACACCAAUUAUUGAUUUUUUAAAAAGUUUAUAAAGACAAAUUCCCUCUCUUGACAUAAAUAUUUGAUUCCCUUGUGGAAGGAAGGGAACAGAGCGGUCAAAACCUUUUGCCGAUUUCUCUCAACGUCAGCCUCCGUAGUUUCUUGUUUGGUUGCCAAGGAAAUGAGGAUCAUGGUGGCUUCAGCAUUUUCAUCUGAUUGAAUCCAAGCGGUAGCUGUGUUUUUGACAUUAUUGUUUUUGUUUUACUGACUAUGUUUUGUAUGAAGUGAUGUAUUAAAAACGUUAAUCAAAUGUUCUAGUUUGCUAACUAUCUAACAACCAUAUUUCAGGCCAGCUAUGUUGACAAAUGUAUCAUUUGAACCUACGACUACGAGGCUAGCUAGCUAACGUUAGCCAGAUAGCUAACUAGCUAGCUAAUCCUAGCUAGCCACUGACACUGUAAACAGAUGUUCAAUUCAGCGUUAUUACGUGCUCUACCUGCAGGCAGAGGAGCUGCACAUAUACCAGUAAUGGCAGAGCUGCAAAUUGUCGGUCAGAUCGUUGGGGCAAGCGGCUUCCCUCAUAGCAGUCUCUUCUGCAAGUGGGGAAUUCAUACAGGGGGUGCAUGGCGACUUCUCUCGGGCUUGAAGGAGGGGCAGACCCAAGUGGAUUUGCCUCAGACAGGGGACAUGGCAUUCUGGAGUCAUCCCAUUGAUCUGCACUACACCACUAAAGGACUGCAAGGCUGGCCCAAGCUUCACCUGCAGGUUUGGCACCAGGAUGCAUUUGGGCGCUGUCAGCUGUAUGGGUAUGGAUAUUGCCAUGUGCCCUCCAGCCCUGGGCACCACCAUGUACGCUGUGAGACCUGGAGACCACUGGGAUCCUGGCAAGAGCAGAUAGCUCAAACCUUUGUGGGUGGAGGUCCCCUGCUGCGCUCCCCAGACAUCAUAUACAGUGGGGCGGACAGAUAUAGGCUGCAAACAGUGGCUAUGGGCACUGUAGAGCUGGAGCUAGGCAUCAUCAUGCGACACUUUGACAGAUAUGGUGUAAAGAGCUGAAAUGUUGAGAGAUUGGACAGAGCAAAGGGUGAAUGGAGAGAGGCCUGAAUGGAGCACUGUAUUGUUCGUGGGGAUUUUGACCAUAUCUGCAACGGGUACAUAAGACUGAGCAGGUCAGAUUAGAUAUUUUGCCUUGUGAGAUGUGUUGAUGUUGCAUACAUUCACUAUAGAUACAAAAGUAUGUGGACGCCAAUUCAAAUUAGUGGAUUUGGCUAUUUCAGCCACAACCAUUGUUGUCAGGUGUAUAAAAUCAAGCACACUGCUAUGCAAUCUCCAUAGGAAAAUAUUGACAGUAGAAUGGCCUUACUGAAGAGUUCAGUCACUUUCAACAUGGCACUGUCUUAGGAUGCCAUAUUUCCAACAAGUCAGUUUAUCAAAUUUCGGCCCUGCUAGAGCUGACCCGGUCAACUGUAAGUGCUGUUAUUGUGAAGUGGAAACGUCUAGGAGCAAUAAAUGCUCAGCCGUGAAGUGGUAGGCACACAAGCUCACAGAACGGGGCCGCCGAGUGCUGAAGCGUGU